GCGCUCGCUCAGCUCGUCAUCUCUGCAGCUUCUCUCGUCCUGCUGUCUUUCUUGUGUUCGAUGAGCUCUUGGAGCGAGAUGGGGGAGGCCAUCGAGCUCAGUAUCUGGGGUUGGUAGAGGUGGAGGAGUCCAGAGGGAUGCACGUAUGUGAGGAGGCAGUGAAAAAGCUGAAAGUUAGCGGCAAAAAGACGGUAAAAGCCGUGUUGUGGGUUUCAGCAGAUGGACUCAGGGUUGUAGAUGACAAAACCAAGGACCUCAUCGUGGACCAGACCAUAGAGAAGGUUUCAUUCUGCGCUCCUGACCGUAACUACGACAAGGCCUUCUCCUAUAUCUGCAGAGAUGGAACCACCCGACGCUGGAUGUGCCACUGUUUCAUGGCUCUGAAAGACUCUGGGGAGAGGCUGAGCCACGCAGUGGGCUGUGCCUUCGCCGCCUGCCUGGAGAGGAAGCAGCGCAGGGAGAAGGAGUGUGGCGUGACGGCGUCGUUUGAUGCCAGUCGCACCUCGUUUGUGCGUGAAGGCUCUUUCCGCAUCAACUCAUCCUCCAGCCAGCAGGGCAGCAGCAGCGAGCGAGAUGAGAAGCUGCAGGACAAGAAGAAAGAUCUGCCUUCUGCCAUCCCAGCACUCCCACCGGGCGCUGCUUCCCCACCCGAAGGGGCGGCAUCUCCAAUGGAGCGCCCAGAACCAGGCGGCCCUCAUGCCAUCCCUCGCCGCCAUGCGCCCAUUGAGCAGCUGGUGCGCCAGGGAUCCUUCAGGGGAUUUCCAGCUCUGAGCCAGAAGAACUCCCCCUUUAAGAGACAGCUGUCGCUCCGCCUCAACGACCUGCCAUCUACGCUUCAGCGCAAGACAGACUUCGAGGCCAAAAACCCCGUACUAGAGAUGGACAUGGGCCUAUCAGGUGAAGGGGAUAGUAGUAUUAAUGCCCUGUGCUGCCAGAUCAACACAUCCUUUACGAAGCCGUCGGACGAGUUCUUCUCCAACCCGUCGAUGUGUGCCAACGACCCACCUUCUUGCACUGUGCCUCCCAUUCUGCCUCCGCCACCUGCGCCGAUGCACGCUACCUCGACCUGGGUUCAACCAGAAUCUUCCCUCCACUCUCCUCCACCGGUUUCCAUGGCGAUGCAGAGUGGACACAAACGCACUCCUUCAGAGGCUGAGAGGUGGUUGGAGGAAGUAUCUAAGGCCGUCAAAGCCCAACAGACACCCCCUCCAGGCCCCACCAUCCCCACUAUUCCUGGGCCCCCUUCAAUGGCCAGUCACCACAUAUCCACUCAAGCAGCUAUGCCAUCUGCCCCGGUCUCCACAGUCCCCAUGCCCCUUAGCGCCUUGUCCAAACCACUCUCUUGUCAAGUCUCUAUGCCCCUACCACCCAUGUCGCUAUCAUCUGUUCCUCUAAUACCAGGUCCACCAGUGUCAGGUCCCCCAAUGUCUCUUCCAUCCAUGUCCAUCCCCACCAUGUCGGGUCCAAGCAUGUCAGGGGCCCCCAUGAUGCAUCCCUCUUUAGCUGGACCCCCUGGUUCCCUUCCAAGCUCCAUGCAACCAUUCCCUCUGGCUUUUGAUGCCUCCCCAGCUCCUGUAGGAAUGUUUGCCAGCCAGCCGGUCCAACCUGCUUUCCUGCCCAUGCAGACCUACAUGCCUGGUCUGGCCAGCAGUAUGACCUAUCCCAACGCCAGUGUGCCUGUGGUGGGCAUCACGCCAUCACAAAUGGUGGCCAACGCCUUCUGCACCGCCACAAGCUCAUCGGGCACAGCUGGAGCGAUGGGAUCGACUGCAGCAGCAUCCAAAGUGGGAGCUCUAGGAACAGUCGGACAGCACCAUUCCUAUCCAGGAGCACCUGGUGCAUCUGCAGGGUUCCCCACAGCUUCAGUUUCCUCCACCCCACCACUAUCAACAUCCAUCAAUGGCCUCCCACCACACAGCAGCGCUACAACAACCCUCCAGAAUGGGACCGCAGGCUGCACCGGGAGCAGCGGAGGCGGUAGCUGCUGGCCCCCCGAGGGCAGCCAGCUAACAACAGCUAGCAACUCCCAAGACGAUGAUCGUUUUGAAGCCAAGUGGGCAGCACUGGAGACCAAACCAGCACCUCAGGCAGCAGAGAACAAGGCGUCAGCUGCCACCUCCAACCCGUUUUCCAACAAUCUGCAAAAGACCUUUGAAAUUGAGCUCUGAGAUGGAUUCAGGAUCUUAAAGCUCUGGUGUUAAAACCGAUGAAGUCAGGAUCUAAUUUCACAAUUUCUGUUCAAAUGGGAUGCAGUCUGCUUUGACCUUUCAUAGGAGUCAGCGCUGCGACCAUGUUAAUUUCUUUCUUUUUGAUCUCGUGUGUGAUGGAGAACAAAACUACAACCUGAUGGUCUGAACCCCUUGAGUCCUCCUGUUACCUGCCUCUCCUUCCUGAGUUCACGUCUCUGCUCCGGCUUCACGCUUCCUGCCGGA